AUGGCUGCUGCCGGGGACACUAGUGGUUCCAUGAUGGCCAAUUCUCGUUCGUUCGCAGAUCUUCUAUCUACGGCCCCUCAUCCUAUCCCUGAUGUGCUUCUGCCAUCACGGGCUCCUAAAACUAUGGAUGGUGAAGUGUAUUUUUUGUUUUCGAAGGAGAAAAUCAUGAAGUCUGCGGAACCGUUUAGGUUCUCUUUGGUGCUGAAGUUUCUUAGACAGAGACCAUCCCUGGAUGCGACCAGAUUAUUUAUUAAAAAUAGAUGGGGAUUAUCUGGUAUUGUAGUGGUUUCAGCCAUGAGAAAGCCGCGUAAUGCUUUUGUCCAAUUAACGUUGGAGGAGGAUUUCAAUAAGGCUUUGUCUAGAGAAGUUUUCAACAUUGAUGGAGUGGCGUAUCGAUCGUUUCAUUGGACCCCUGAGUUUUCUGAAGGGGAAGAGCUGUCGGUGGUUCCAGUUUGGAUUUUCCUUCUAGGGUUGGCUCCAAAUUUCUACCACCCUUCAAUCCCGAAAAGCCUCACAACACCAAUUGGGAAGUAUAUUCGGUGUGAUAAUUCUACUCGGUGUGCUACGAGAACAGACGGGGCAAGGGUGUGUUUAGAACUUGAUGUUGCUAAAUCCCCUUUGUUAUCGUUUUGGAUUGGAGCACCAUCUUGUCCUGCAAGUCGUAUGCAAGAGGUGGUGUAUAAAACGAUGCCUGCGUUCUGCACCAAAUGUAAAAUCCAAGGGCAUAAUUUGAAGACUUGCAAGAAAUUUAGUUUAAGGAAGGAGAAAGCAAAGCAACUGGUUCGAAUUGAGCAUAAGGAAGUGCCGAAGCAGUUGAAAAUUUUGGAUCCUUCGGGUUCGAAACCAAAGUUAAAAGAAGUAGCGAAUAUGGGUACAAAAAGCAAGAUUUCGGAUGCGUUGGUGCUGGUUAGUGUUGAUCAGCCAAUAGUGGAAAAGGAUGGUGAGGAAGUGGCUACUUUUUAG